CUGUGCUCCCCGGGGAAUGCACGUGUAGUUGCCAGUAUCAACCCAUCCCCUCCUCCUCUUACUGUCCUCCUCCUCCUCCUCCUCCUCCUCCUCCUCGACCUGACGCCUGUCCCCUGUAUCUUGACUCCUUCUGUCCGUACUGCGAUGCCUCGGGACAAGUCGAGCGCCGGAAUCUCCGCGGUUCUUCGAGCCGUGCAGAGCAUAGACGAGAUCAUGGAGGGAGUCCCGCGGGACAUGUGGAGCGAGUUCGAGGAGGGAGUGCGCAAGCUGAUGGCAGACAAGCAGAGAUCGUUCGAGGAGGAAGGCGAGGACGAUGGGGGCGAGGAUGUGCGAGGCGGGAAGAAGCAGAGGCUGGCGCAAGUUGUGAACCCUUACGAGAAGAUGCAGGAGAUCAAGUUCUUUCUUCGAAGUCGCGUGCCCAUGGAGGCAGUCCUUCCUUCCGAGAACAUCUUGUAUGAGCACAAGGGGACAGAAUUCGAGUCGUACAACACCGUCAACACGCUGUCGGUCGACGAUUUCUUGUAUGAGAUGCACGAGGUCGACGAGCUUUGCGACGAGGGCAAGCUCCCGAGGCACUACUGCAAAGACUGUGGGAGCAGGAGUGUGGAAAAGCUCAACUUCAUCACCCACUCUCUGUCGAUCCGCGAACUAGAGUUCGUCUUCAACUCGGUCCUCCCGACCCGCUGCAAGCUCAAAGACGCGACAGUGCUCGACGUGGGCUCGAGGCUGGGAGCGGUCCUCUUCGGCGCGUGUCUGUUCGGGGAUGUGAAGGAGGCGAUCGGGAUAGAGGUGAACAAAGAGUUUUGCGAGCUGCAGGAGGAGACGCUCAAGGCGUUCAAGAUGAGCGGGAGGGCUCGAGUGAUCUGUGAUGACAUCAGAAACUCGUCGGAGCUGCUGCGGCUGUCGCAGGUUGUGGUGUUGCACAACCCCUUCCAGUUCUUCUCGUCAAAACCAUCGGCGCUCGAGGCCUUGCGGUCCAUCUUCUCCAGCUUGUCCAAGGGCUGCCUCGUCGUCGCCUGCCCCUCCCUCGAUGAACAGCUCUCCAACUGUGACGGGGCUGCGUCGGAAAUGUCCAAGUACGGCAUUGAGGAGCAGAAGCUGCAGUACCCCGAAGCGGAGGAGGAGGACGACGAGCACGCGGACGAUGAUGGGCUUCUGUUCUCCAACAUCCGGCUGUACAAAGUGAGCUGAGAAGCUUCUCCCUCCUUCCUCUCUGGUUGAUAGCAAGUUAAACACGUUCAAGAGUGAAGAGCCGC